AUGAGGCAUGUUAGCUGGAGUGUCGUGGAUGAAAAGGAGAAAGAGGAACUUAUUGAACGUGUUCGAAAAAUGUCCAGCCAAAACAAAGAAAAUAGGCGUAAGCAAAGGGUGAACCACACAAGCGGAAGGACUUCGUUUGUUGUACUAAUGGAAAGAAAGAAUCAGAUGGUUCAAUUGAUGAAUGCAAAAGCCCCAGAGGCUCGCACAGAUGAAGCAGCAGCAUGCAUAUUUAGGGAGGUAUUGGGACAUAGGUUAGGGUAUUCAAGAGGGCUGGGCAACUCUGUUAUGCCCGAAUCUAUAAAAGUGGCUGGAGUAUCCAAUGAGGAGUAUGAACGGCUCGCGGAGGAGAAUGAAGAAAAUAGGAAAAAUGCGGAGUAUUACCGAAGUCGGGUUGAAGAGAUUGAAGGUGGUUUCAAGAUGAUGAGGGAGCAUAUGCGGGAUUAUGAGCAACGUGUAAACAUGAGAAUGUCAAAAGUGGAGACGGAAUUAGAGUCUCAGAGAGAGACGUCCAGAGCAGUUCCUUAA